UACAUCUUUAUUUUGAGCGCUAUCAAUAAUUUAUCAUACAGGUUUAAGAAGAGAAAAUAUGGUAGUAUUGAACAGGUACUUAGUAUUGAACUAGUACUUAGUAAAUUUCUCUUUGCCUGAGAUGGGCCGUGAAUGAUUUAAGAUCUCUAUGAGUAUGUGGAGUGAAGGGGAAUUCGUCUCUUUUUUGUUUUUGUUCUUUAACCAUUUUUUGAAUAAUUGCCUUCGUGUAAAUUUUGUGAUAAAUUGGCUAGAAACAGUUUACAGAUUUGGUGGAGAAUUAGUUGUUGCAAGCGAUUGGAUUUGCGGUGUUAUGUAUUGCGUUCGUAUUAUUUCAGUACUAAUAGAAAUGAUUUGAUAUCAUUCUCGUGUUUAGAAGUUCACUUGCAUGCAUGACUAUCGAUGAUUUAAUCAAUCUAUUAGAUGACUGAUAAUGUUAUUUGACAACAAAAUGUUUAAAAAAAUAAGACUUUAAUUAUUGGAGUAGCCCAAUUUUUGUUCAUUGGGUCGAAGCUGACCUGCUUUGGCAGUUAGCUUGUGCCUUAAUGAACGUUUACUUUUAUUAUUUUGAGAAAAACGAAUCAUUGUGCUUCAAGUUUUAUUGAAUUUCUUGCCGAAAUACCUUGGUAUCCCUGAACUUGUUCUACUGAGUAACUUAGGUCGAGUAAGGAGGUGAUUUCCGCUGUUUGAAAUAAACACAAUGUCAUGUACCGUUAUCAGGAAAUAUGUAUGAUUUCAAGCAGGCAGUGUGAUGUUAUUAAGCUCUAUCUCUAGCUUCCGAUUUACUCUUUCGAAUUUUUCGUACUGUUAACCUAUUACCCUACACAUGGGGGAGGUAUUUCUAGUUUAAAAUAUAUACGUUGAUAAAAUGAAAUGUUUCCUAUUUUUAUCAGCACUCGGAAUUACCGCAUUUAUAUUUGUUUUUUAUUAUUUAAAUUAAAUUAUGAUUUAGUUACCGAACGGAUCUUGUCCAAUUCUCUAACUAUGGCAAAUCAGGAUUUAAGGAAAAGAUCCCCUACUCAUUCUGUAAGACCCCACUAUACAUUCGUCGAUUACGAUUAUCUGGUUAAAAUUGUUAUCGUUGGAGAUUCUGGUGUUGGCAAGAGUCAGUUGGUCGCCAGGUUUACAAGAAGUGAAUUUAGUGCGAACAGUCGUCAGACGAUCGGUGUAGAAUUUGCAACUAAGACUAUCAAUGUCGAAGGUCGGUGGAUUUGUUCACAGAUAUGGGAUACGGCCGGCGAAGAAAGAUAUAGGGCGUUGGCGUCGGCAUAUUAUAGAGGGGCAAUAGGAGUUUUACUUGUUUAUGAUGUCACAAAUCCUCGCUCACAUGACAAUUUAGCUCACUGGUUGUCUGAAAUCAAAGCAUAUACAUUACCCUCAUGUCAGGUAGUUCUUAUCGCCAAUAAAAUCGACUUAAAACGGGCAAGAAAAGUUACAAUAGAAAGCGGAAAAGCAUUUGCAGAAAAAAAUGAUUUGAGGUAUAUUGAAGUUUCUGCCUUAGAAUGCACAAAUGUUGAGGCCGCUUUCACAUCACUUAUUGAAGAUAUUUACAUAAAGACAAUAUUAGCAAAAAGUGGAGCAAAUUUAUUUCCCAAAAAUGGAAUUACUGGUACAGGAACAAAUAGCCGAAAAUUUCACUUAGAAGAACAAUCUAAUAAAGAAGUAUGGACAUCCGGUUGUUGUAAAUAACUAGGGGUCAUAUUGUUGAAUUUUUUCAAAGCUAACGGUAUUCCAAAUAUGCCCUUCCAUCCAAGUAUUGGUAUUUUUAUGUUUAAAAAUUCAAAACAGUUGAUAGUGCAUUUUACUGAGAUUGUUAUAAUUAUAGUUACCAUCGUCCAUUAUAUUUUAUUUAUUA